CACCACGCGACAGGUAAUCGGCGCCAUCUGCAUCGCCGAGGAUAAGGGUGACACGAGGGCCAAGCCUAGGUCCAGCCAAACUUCCAAGUUCAACGACCUUCCAGUUUCUGGGUUCUCUUAAGCCCCUCAACAAUCGGCAUUAUGUUUGAGUAGAAUCCCAGACAACGCGGAUGCAACACAUUGCGGCAGCGCGGUAAUACGCCCUUUCCUCUUUUAUCGGAGGGCCAACCGCCGUUGUCUCCUAUCUUCCUGUCAUCGCCCGCGCCUUCCCGGUUUGGCCGGCGCCCUUGGGCUUUCUCUAUAGACCAUGGACAAGAUCCACCUUCCAGAGGCCGUCGCAGCGUCGGUCUCGCCCCCGAUUUUUAGCAAUGUCAGCGCCUGGCAUAAUUUUACCGCCUGGACGGCCCAGCAUCUUGGUCUGGCAAUGAACAUGUCCAAACUGGCGCCGUCGCUGGAAGAUCUUGUUUGGGCGGGGCCGAGAAUGGUCAUGCGGCUUGGGAGACUGGGCUCUUUUAUUUCGUUUCCAGAUGCCAUUGACGGCUUCGGCCAUCGAGUCAUACCCGAUCCUACCGAUACCGACAUUUUCUCCUCGUCAACCGUGGCCGCGGGCAACCUCGGAACGCUCACCGAGUCAGCAUCAGCCGCGUCGACCGCUUCUCUGGCCGCCGCCGCCCAAGAUCCCAACGCCUUUGUCUCGCGAUUCUCGAUGGAGGGUGCAAAGGGGAUAGGGAGUGUUUUUAGCUACGCGACAAGCAAAUGGGCGCUAUGCUGCAUCGCUAUGGCUAUAAUCUUCAACCGCACCCAUAUCUUCGCUGCGACCCGUAGAAGACUACGCCUCCGAUGGCCCGUCCGCCUGCUGCUCCGGAUUGCGCCCAUAGUCCUUCUCCUCUUACAAUCCCGGAGGUUGCUGCAGUCGAUUCAGUGCCAGACAUCUCCUGAUUUUGCCGAGUUGCGCUGGGGCAAUGCGAGCAAGAGCUCCGACCUGAUGUUCGCCCAGGUGAAUGGCUUUCUCCACGGGAUGAGUUCAUCCUUGCUGCUCGGGGCAAGUGACCAAGACUCUUGCCGCUCCGUACGGAUGGUGCCGUGGGAUAGCCGGGAUCAGCCGGAACUGGUGGGCUCUCUCUCUCGGCUCUGGCCCCUUUUUGGGACCUUUUGCCUGAGUCAGUUCAUCGAAGUUCUCUCAUGCGCCGUUCAAGGUCGGCCCGUAGCUGCCGAGACGGGCAUGACGCUAUUCGAGCAUUCGCUAGCGUUUGCCGAAGCUGAUGCUGCUAUCAGUAACCAAUUGGGAUGGGGAUUGUUCGCCGGCGGCAACGCUACUUCGCAGGAGGCGUUGGGACCCAAGAUCGCCGUUACCCGGUCCAUGAUCAUGAAGCGGGUCAACACGCCCCCCGAAGUCCUACUGGUUGCGUUUUUAUCCUCUAUGAGCCAUGUCACCAGCCAUGUCCUUGGACUCUUCAACCUCCAGUCCAAGUUUCGGCUCGUCAGUACCGGCUUUUGGGGGCUCUGCUUCAUGGCAAGCAUUGUUUGGAGCGCCCUUACCUUCUCGGUUGACGACCCCUCCACCCAGGGGUUGUUGAGAUACCCGACCGUUUGCAUUAUUGGAUUCAUUCCACACAUUCUGAUCCUGACAGGGAUUUACGCGUGCGGUAUCGUUUACGCCAUGGCGCUCACACUUUCGGCCCUCGCUCUCCCCGAGCAAAGCAGCGAUGGUGAACGGCUUACCUUCAAGCAACGCCUUAUCCGCGCCCACGGAAACAUGCAAGCAAAUGUGUCCUUGUCCGAUAUCCGUAUCCGGAUGGACAUGGACUUCUACACUGCCCUUCUUCGGGCCGGCUUCGGCGCCAUCACGAUGGCGAGCGAGGCCGUCUACCUGAACGAAGACCACCGAGUGAACCUGAAGCGCUUCACCUGGCUAGAGGACGAGAGGUUUCGGGAGAUGGAGGGGCUCAGAAUGCAGUGGCUAGGAGGCGGCAUACCUGGUUCGCGGUUCGACUCGGUCGGAACCAUCGGCCUCGUGCCCGUGAAAGACGGACAGGCAAAUGCCACCAGCGGGUAUGCGAGAGAGCGAGCCGCGCAGCAGAUCCCGAAGAACACCGUAUCUGCAAGGAGAAUCCGGGACGGCGUUGGGGCUGCAGAAAGGAGUUCCCGUUGGCUCAUGGCAGUUGAAUACGUGUUGCAUAUCGGCCGCCUGUUGCUCGUCACUUGGGCACUGCUUACCGUGAGGACGAUCUCCUUUCUCGGUGUGCGGACCCCGCCUCGGUGGCUCCAGGGUCUGUCACAGAGACCCAAGUCCGAAGCCCCAGUGAGCAAGAAGCACAAUCGCGUAAAUAGUGGGCUGAAUGUGGAUGUCUUGUCGCCUGGUGAAGGGAAAGUGUUCUUUGCCAUUCCUCGGACCGAUCGAGUCGAUGUGGAGGCCGAGCUGCGCCUUCGGAUGGAGCGCAAUAACAUCAUUGAUAGCGCAGGCGGGGAGAUACCUCCUGUUGAUGAGACCGAAGUCGACUCGAGGCUUUACAGCUACUUCCUCAGGGGCGGCUGGUGGGGUGACACAGACUCAAGCGGCGAUUACUCUCCGCCUUCCCGCCAUAGCGCCAACUCAGAGGAUGCGGAGGACAACGAUGCAGACUUUGACACGACCAGCAUCAUCUCCACGACCGAGACUACCGAUGUAAACAGCGAAUUCGACUGGGAAUCCGAUAAUGGGAACGGAACCGAGAUCGAUAACGACCAGAGCGGCCAGCGCACGCCAACCCAGCGAAGCCCUGCGCCCACACCAUUCUCUUUCGCGUCAGCCGUGGCCUCGGCCCGCGCCUCCCGGGAAUCAACUCCCGUCUUUGACAGCCCCAUCGCAGCCGCCGACCUCGCCCGUCUGCUCCAUCCGCAGAGCCCCGAAGACCGCGAUGAAGCCAUUGCCCUCGCCGCCCAUCUUACCAGCGGAGGGAUUAUGACCCGCUCACGCUUCAAGCAACACGUCCAACGCCAGCGGGCGCAGGUGCUGCUGAGUGGCGCCACCGGCCGCCCAAACCCUCGCCAUCCAAACCGGCCCCUGGAGAAAAUGACGCCCGAAGAGGAGGCCCGCGUGCUCGAGCAGCUACUGCUCUCGCGCCGCGCUGCAGGCAAAUCUGCUGGUUCUGCGCUUGAAUCCUCAUCAUCAACAACAAGUGGUGCUGCAUCGGCGCAGGGUACCUGGGCGACAGGUGCCGCCGGCCUGGGCCCGGACGGGCCCCAGUGUGUCGUCUGCCAGUGCGCGCCCCGGACCAUCAUCGUCUGGCCGUGCCGGUGCCUGAGCUUGUGUGACGACUGUAGGGUGUCAUUGGCCAUGAAUAAUUUUGACAAGUGUGUCUGUUGUCGGAGGGAGGUGAUCAGCUUUAGUCGGAUUUAUGUUCCGUGAGGGUGUUUUCCCUGUUGUCGGGUUUGGUGCUCCUUGGGGGUAAACUUUCUGUUGUUUUGCAUGGCAUCGCAUGGCAUGGUAUGGGAACUGGCGGGUACACUUCUGCCUUCUCUGAUUGUGUGCUUAUUUAUCGUUCUAUGUCUUUGUAUGGUUGAUUUCGUCAUGUUGAUGAUGCUAUUUUGCGGGAUGGCGUUUGGAAGGAGGCAUACUGUUGUCAGGAACGGGGCUUCGCUUGAACACAAUAGAUAUGGAGGCUAAAGCUAAAUCAGUUGCAACACCAAUGCUAGUCAACAGGGUUGUCCUAGACUUCAACAUCACAAUAAUAUGGGCUUGGCCUCUUUUAGAGCGUUAUCGGUUGCGGUGAUUGAACCCGCUGUUGCUUUCGCAGAUCAGAUCAGAAAACGGGCAACGG